CUCGCGCCCCAGAGCCGAGUGUCCCGCGACUCUCCGCUGUUGGUUCUGUGCCGUGAGUCUGUGCGAAUAGUGUCGUCCACCCGUUAUGCAACUGUUCUGAUCCCACGGGCACCGGCAUGAGAAAAUACCACUGCAACAUUUUUACCAAGCCAUGUGCCGGGUCCAUGUACAAGCUGGAGAGCGCGCCAGGAGUGUACGAGAGUGUGCUGACAUGGCGCGUCCUCAGGUGGGCCCUAGUCCCUGCAGCCCUUCUCUUGGGCCUCGCCCUUCUCGUUUACUUCUCUGUCGAUUCCAGUGAAGAUUCUCUGCACAGCCACCAGAAGAACGCCCACCUGGUGACAGUAGAGGGAGAGGAGAUUUCACUGGAUGAGACGUUUGUCACUUACCACAUUCCACAGUCAGACUCAGAACUGAAUGCUACAGCCAAGGUGGAAGAAGACAUAUUAGAGGUGUUACCGGAGGCAGAUAUUGAAGUGGCGGAUACUGAGGCAGAAAGAGAAGAAGAGGACGACUUCGACACAUCAGAAUCAAAACCUGCAACACUUAGUAACAGGAGGAUCAUCACCGGUAAACCCUACAUCCAGCUAUCCUCAACACUGAGGACUGGAGCCAUACCUCCUGCAGACAAGAGCUUCGUAGACAAACUCAUCUCCAGUUUUGACUUGUCAGCCAACACUCACCAGCAGAGGGCUCAGGCAGUAGGAGCUCGAGGCAGCCCUGGGCGUCUCUUCAGCACCCCUGGUGGCCUGCUCAACAAGAAGAUACCCAAUGGUCAUAAAUAUGGAGAUUAUCAGGCAAUACCGACGAAGGAACCAAACUCAACGCCUGCUAGAGUCUCUCCAACUCUGCCUUCCUCCAACCCGACCGUUCACGUAGUCAGCAUUCCUUCACAGCAGAAACAACGCAAUGAAACUGACAGCAGCUGUUCAUCCCCCCAGCUGUCCCUGUGUCGAGGAGUGUUGCCCUGGGAUCUGACCGCUCCCCCUUUGAUCGCUGGACUCCUCUCUCCUCCGGCCCUCGAAGCUGUCAUGCCCUACUUUGAGAUGAUUACAAGCACCGGCUGCAGCCCUCGGAUUCGACAGUUCAUCUGCUCUCUGCUGGAGCCUGAGUGUCGGAGGUUGGGUCUCACCAGACUCUCCCCCUGUAGAAAUGCUUGUAGAGCUGUUGAAGAAGAAUGCAGAGAUUUUAUACUGGAUUCACUGGACUUGUCACAAGUAUUUAACUGUGAGAUCUACCCAAAUUCUGAUGACCAAGAGGAAUGUGUCAAUCUGGCCAAAGGCGACAAAUGCCUCAAGAACGAGUUCCAAUGCUCUGAUGGCACUUGUAUACCCUGGCGUUGGGUUUGCGACAAUAACCGAGACUGUUCGUUGGGCGAUGAUGAAAUGAACUGCACAAAAUGCGGCCAAGAAGAGUUCAGAUGUGCAGCAGACCACAAGUGCAUCCCUCUGGAAUGGAAAUGUGAUCGGAGACAAGACUGUUCAGAUGGUUCAGACGAGUUUAACUGUCAGACAACAGAAGUGUUAAUGCCACAUUCUCACACAUCCCCAUGUCCAAGUGGAGAACUACGAUGUGUAGACGGCCGUUGUAUAACCGUCCACCAGAUCUGCGAUAAUGUCCACGACUGCUCAGACGGCGCGGACGAAGCCAACUGCAGCUUGCCGCUCACCUAACCUCACUUUCCUCGUCUACGUGCCAGUAGCGACGUGUCCAGUCAGGCUCACCCGCCUCAGUUGUUAUCUUGAUUUCUAAAGAUUUGGGAGCGAUCUGCCAUCACACUUUUUUGUAUAGACUCUGUAAUGUACGAGAAACUUUUCAAACCAUAAACCUGCUUUUAUUUUUCAGUGGGGAUUAUAUUUGUAAAUAGCAUCAGUUUUUUUAUGAAUUACUAAAAAACACAUUAUUUUUCUUUGUAUGUUCUAUUAUACAGUAUUGCGUAUCACUCACUAUCUUUUACGAAAUGUGUACUGGAUUGUCUGUUGAAAGUUUUACCGUCUUAUCUAAAAUCACUUGUAAUGUAUAAAAUUGAAAUUGUUGAUUGUUUUAACAAUUGCAACUUUACCAAUUAAUUAAAUUGUUAUGGAUUAAAUUAAUCCCUUGAAUGUCUGAAGAAUCCAGGCUAGGAACUGGAUUAGUUGUAUCAUUAAUUCUUUAAAAGUCAUCACCUCUCAUGAAAGAAACAAAUCCUUCACAUACUUCAUUAUUAAUCAAACCUCAGCUAAAGUUCAGACACCAGUCCUUCCUGAUUUAGGAAAUUAUACACAAUCUAAUGUGAUGAAAAUGAAAUAAAUCCUCUCGCUAAAAUCUUGUUGUGAUAUAACUUGUGUACAGUUUUAUUAUUAAUUGCUGUUUAUUCAGUUUUGUAUAUUAAUAGUUUUAUAUUUGUAUAAUAAAUGUGAUAACACAA